AUGGUAGAUUCCUCAGGAGGCUUGCCUUCUUUUGACAAUAAAGCCUUUCGGGGCCUGUUGGUCCUAAUGCAUCCUCUCAACGCGUUCGGGUAUCCGCAUCGCCGGUACUCGCUACCAACAUCGCGAGAGAGAAUGACACUCCCGAGAAACCCAAGAGAGGUAAGCAGAAGCGCUCUGGAGCUUGUGUCGUACUCUUGUGUCACCUCCCGCAUGCAAAAGUUGCGCGGAGUAAUGUCACACCCUCGACUCCUCAGUCUAGGCGGCCGCGAUACUCUCUGCAAUACGCGGAAGCUUUCAUCGGCUCCGUCAAUCUCUCCAUCGGGAAUCGAGGCCAUACAGCUCCUGACAAAGAGAACAUUUGUAUAG